CAAUAACAAAUAUGAUAACCCAAAUUUCAUAUAUUUUUAUUGUGAUUGUAAUAAUGUAAAAUCAAUAGAAUUAGUGAGAAUUAUAGCUGAAAAGAUGAUGCAGUGCACGGAUGAACAGAUACAGGCGAAACGAGCGGAGGCUCUGCGAAAAUUGGCUGCCAAAAAGGCGAAGCAACAGUUCAACCAAAAUAAUUAUCCAUCAACUUUUUUCAAAGGGAAAGAAGAUGCAGGUGUCAGGCAACAGCAGUCACCUCCGAUAUCCAAAUCGAACUACUUUAAAAUGAGAGACAACAGUGUACAGCAAUCGAUGAAGCAGAACCAUUACAAACCAUAUGAGAAACAACAAAUUGGUGUGCAGAAACCACUGCAAUUUUAUGGUUUAAAAAAUGAAGUGACUACAGCUAAACUGGCUUUGGUGAGUCCAAAUAGGUUCGCUGUUACAUUCUCUGGAUUCAAUCAGGCUGCAAUCGAUGUAAUGAAAACACUUCCAACAAGGUUCUAUGAUCCGCAGAGCAGAAUUUGGAAUUUUAAUAUCACAGACUAUGAAAGUUUGCAAAAUAAAUUGGCACCUUUGAAACCGGCAGUUGUUGUUGAUAAAUUACCAAUAUACGCAUUGAAAGUCUGCUGGCAGAAAAGUGAAAAUAUUUUAUACGAUUUAACUUGUAUUGAUAAUGAACUGUUGACUGCUUUAAUGCCUUUCCAGGAGGAAGGAGUAUGCUUUGGAAUCGGCAAGAAUGGUAGAUGCAUGAUUGCUGAUGAUAUGGGUCUUGGGAAGACUUUUCAAGCGCUCGGAAUUGCCUGCUACUAUAAACCUGAUUGGCCUAUGCUCAUUGUGACCACAGCGUCGAUGAGGAACGUUUGGGAGGAAACCAUACACAAAUACCUUACUUCAGUGCCUGUGAUGAGCGUUCAAUACAUGACGUCCGGCAAAGAUUUCAUCGAUCGCGCCUUAAUUCUGAUAGUCAGCCACGAUUUGCUCACAAGAUGUUCGGAUAAAUUGUUGCAGAGGAACUUCGGUGUGAUUAUUAUAGAUGAGUCGCACGUUCUCAAAAACUUCAAAGCUAAAUGCACGAAAGCCGCCAUCGAUGUGUGCAAAAGAGCGAAACGCGUGAUUCUGCUCAGCGGAACUCCGGCGCUCUCCAGACCGAGCGAACUCUUCUCGCAACUGUCGCUGAUAGAUGCGAAGUUCUUCGGUACGUUUUACGAAUUCAGCACGCGGUAUUGCGACGGCAAGCAGACCGGUUUCGGGUGGGAUGCUACAGGGCAAAGCAACCUGCAAGAGCUGGAGAUAAUCCUAGCAAAGAAGUUCAUGAUCAGAAGGACGAAGGAAGAAGUACUCAAAUCUCUGCCAAACAAAACGCAAGAAGUGAUCACGCUGGACGUGCAGUUGUCACAGUUCAGCCAAGAAGAUCAGGAUUGCUUGAUGUCGCUCGCCGCGAAAUACGCAAACGUGAAGAAGGAAAAGCACGCUGCGUUGCUAACGUUCUUCGCCGAAACAGCGAAAAUAAAGGUGCCUUCAGUAUGUUCUUACAUUAUGCAAGUCUUGGAAACCGAUAGAAAGUUUCUGGUUUUUGCCCAUCACCAAGUGAUGCUGAACGCCAUCGAAAAAGUGUUAGUCAAGAAGAACAAGAAAUACAUUAGGAUAGAUGGAAACACGACCUGUGAUCAACGAAAGUAUUACGUGGAUAAAUUCCAAUUGGACGAUAGUUUUACGUGCGCCGUCUUAUCUAUAACCGCUGCGAACGCGGGUAUUACGUUAACAGCCGCCCAAUUGGUUCUCUUCGCGGAGCUUCACUGGAAUCCAAGUAUUUUGAGUCAGGCUGAAUCACGAGCGCAUCGUAUCGGACAGGAAGGACACGUUACCAUUCAAUACCUGCUAGCACCGCGAACAUCGGAUGACUCGAUUUGGCCGCUGCUCCAGAACAAGCAGAAAACGUUAAAGGAAAUCGGUUUGAUGUCCGAAUCUUAUAAAGAUGUGAACGUGACGAACCAGAAGAAACCUGCUUCUGAUGGUCAGAUCGCCACGAAUUUAAACAACAGCUUGACAAGCUCAAACACCUUAGAUAUCUCUAGUUAUUUUAAAUCGCCGGAUAAGAAGGCUGCCGCGAAAACAGACUGUGAUGAAGAUAUGCUGGACGAGGACAUCGAUAUAUUUAUUAAUUUUCAAACGCAGAAGGAUCUGCCAACCAGUAUACGAAGCGAAACACCCAAGAACGAUGCACAUAAGACUGUGGAGGAGCACAUGUUGAACGAUGAUUUGGACGAUCUCUUCAACGGCAUUGAUUUUUAAUUUUAAAAUCUUUAUUUUGUUAUGUUUAUACUCAUUAAAUUAUAUUAUACAUCAAACAAAUGUUUCUAUCUAA